UGGUAAUGAACAAGGAUUCAGCUCAUCGUCUGACCUGAGUCCCGCCAACAGACUCACGCCGAGCGGGACACCCAAUGGCCACGAACUCGAGGGGGGAAUCUCUGCAAACCAAAUGAGCAAGUCAAGUGGAACAAGCGCAGAAUCAUCCGAAGAAGUAUCCAAAUGGUCAAAACCCUUCAAUCACCUUCCAGAAGAACUAAUCAACGAGAUAUUCCUCCACUGCGCCUCCUCGCCGAUUGAGAUUUGCGGCGACCCACCCUGCACUCCAUGGUCCCUCGCACAAGUAAGCCAACGCUGGCGUACAAUAGCGCUUUCCGAACCCAACGUCUGGACAUGCAUCAGUGCAGACCUAGACUUGCUACCCAACUUUUUUCGAGGGUGCCUUCGCCGAUCGCGUGACAGGCCUUUGUAUCUACAUGUCAAGGCUUUACAGUGUAUUCACCCCCUUCUUUACCCACUUAUCGACCUUUGCUUGGCUGAAGCUUAUCGAUGGCAGACGGUGUCGCUUCAUCUUUCUUUAUCUCCGUUCUUAAGCGAGUUUCAGCAGAGUCGGGGACAAUUUCCCUUGCUGAAGGCUCUCAGCCUGAUCCCAAUCAACGCUUUCGUAGCCUCACCUCAGCUCACCCACCUCACCCUCUGCAAUCUCCCUAACCCAAUGAAUUGGUUGAACGUCUCCUGGAACCAAAUAACACACUUUGAAUCUAUCGUACUGCGGUACAGCCCAGGAGAACUUGACAAAAUCCUAACGAGCAUGCCUCUCCUCGAAGAGCUCAAAAUGGUCUGCGGAAUGUUAUUAUUCCCAAUGUCGGAUCACAGCGCAACCAACGAAGCCAUCUCCCUACCCCACCUCCGCUCAUUACAUGUCUCAGGGUGCGGAGAAGCCCUCGACCAGAUCCUCAAUCCACUCCACACACCCAGCCUUAAACACUUGGCUUUAGAAAUCACAGAUCGCUUAUCAAUUCACGGAACGCUUUCCCCAGAUCUGGUCGUCUCGGCUUUUUUAAUCCUACACUUCAGAUCAACGUUCACGCUUGGCUCUCUAUCCAUUGACGGACUACCCGUUCAGGGUAUAGUCGAGAUCCUCGUCUUCGUACCGAACAUCACGCGCCUCUUCGUUCGGAGCCUAGGUGUCACAGAGCUCUUCCCGACAUACCUCACAUUAAACCGCGACACCAUAAGGAGACCAUUUUACCAUGAAUGGGAUACAUUGAGCAGCUUCUUCCUAGUGCCCAAUUUACGGGACUUUGUCAUGGAAGACACGUACCCAUUCACAGACUCCGCAACGCUCGCUUCGUCUGCGGGCGCGUUAUUGAAGAUGGUCAAGUCGCGAUUAAACCCUCAAGGAGACUCCGAGGGUCGCUUGGAAUCGGUCAGCGUGGUGGCCUUUCUUGAAAUUGGGUUGUCCGAUUCUAGUACGUCGGCGUUUUGUGCGUUGACGGAGUUUGGGGAGGGGCAAGGGGUCAAGAUAAAUGUGGAUGUGAAGCGGAAGGGUGGUGCCCUGCAUGAUUUGAUGUCGCUGCGCAGUGCGAAUUGA